AUGCAGGAGACUGUGUACGAUUUCUGGAGGAUGGUUUGGCAGGAAAACACCGCCGCCAUCGUCAUGGUAACAAACCUGGUGGAGGUGGGGCGGUGCAGCCGCAUCGGUGUCCGAUCCGCGGUCAAAGUAGAGGAGAGCAGCGGAAGAAACACGGAGCGCUUGUUCGCCCCCCCGGGUCAGCACCGCAGGGAGGAGACAAGCAGGGGAGGAAAGAUUCCCCUAAACACAGUGAGAGCGUCGGAUGAGGAGAAGAGGAGAGCGGAGGUGGCAGCUCCAGACUUAUUGGACCCUAAAUCCGCCACUCACAACACCAAGCCCCGCCUCUCCUUCUCCACAAAGCCAAUCACACUGACUCCCCGGGAGGAGAGUGAGAUGGUUGCCACAGUGAUGAAAUGGAAGACGGUGACGGCCAUCUUUCUUUUGGUGGUCCUGUACCUGGUGAUGGGAGCAGCAGUCUUCAGAUCCCUGGAGCAGCCUCACGAGAGUGCCCAGCGUUUGGCCAUUCUCACCCAGAAGCUGGAGUUCCUGUCCACACACUCCUGUGUCAACCAGAGCCAGCUGGAGGAGCUGGUUAAGCAAGUAGUGUCUGCCAUCCGCUCAGGAGUGAACCCUGCAGGGAGGCUGACCAAUCACAGCAGCCUGUGGGACCUAAGCUCCGCCUUCUUCUUUGCUGGGACUGUCAUCACAACCAUCGGUUUCGGGAACACCUCUCCCCACACAGACGGAGGAAGGAUCUUCUGCAUCAUCUACGCCUUGUUGGGGAUUCCUCUGUUCGGCUUCCUCCUGGCCGGCGUAGGAGAUCAGCUCGGCACCAUCUUCGGCAAGGGCAUCGCCCGAGUGGAGAAAAUGUUUGUGCACUGGGACAUCAGUCAGACAAAGAUCCGGGUCAUCUCCACGCUGCUGUUCGUGCUGUUCGGCUGCCUGCUGUUUGUGGCGCUGCCAGCGGCCAUCUUUAAACACAUCGAGGGCUGGUCUGUGCUGGAGUCCCUUUACUUUGUGGUCAUCACGCUGACCACCAUAGGAUUUGGAGACUUUGUGGCAGGUGGUUCAGAAAUAGAGUACUUAGAUUACUAUAAACCAGUUGUUUGGUUCUGGAUUCUGGUGGGACUCGCCUACUUUGCUGCCAUCCUCAGCAUGAUAGGAGACUGGCUCCGAGUCAUCUCCAAGAAGACCAAAGAAGAGGUAUGA